GUCAUCAUUCUUUCAAACUACAUUUUACGGAGAACCCUUAACAAACUCUUGGCGCCAAAGAUAACUAUCACCUCUAUAUAAGACCAGCCCCCCAUCACAACAGACUCCCUCACACAAAUCUCAAGCCUCUCAGAAUUUCCAGGAAGUUAGUGCCGCUGUUGCAUAGAGAUGGCACUAGAGAGGAGGAGUAACUUGAUAACUUCUUCACCAAUCCUGACACUGCUCUUUAUCUGCACAUACUGCUUCGCCCAACAUACCCAAAUGAACAUGCAAUGGCAUAAGGAUGAUGCACAUCUGAAAGGAGACAAUGGAGGGAGAAUGAAGAUAUGUCUGAUAGCCUCCAAGCUUGAGGACAAGCAAAGCCAAUUCUUUCAGUGGCCUAAGAUUGAAAAGCCCGUUUUUCUGAAACCCAACAGGAUCACGGCUCCAGCUUACACCCUGCGGCCGCUCAAACAAAGGCCUGAUACAAAUUAUUCUGGGGAAGGUUCAGAAUCUGGACAAGACCACAACUACCGCUGAUGGUGCCACAGCACAUUACGUGGAAUCUGAUAGGCGGGCCCGACCCAGCAGUUGCUUAAGAAUUUCCUUUCCUUCUUUUCCAGUCUAUAUAACAGUUUAAUAGAGACGUAUAAUGAUUUGAUUGAGAUAAAAACAUUUUAGUUUAGCG